AUUCACGGAUAAACCAUGGCUUCGUCAAGCGACACCACACUGACAGCAGUGUCUAUGAGACUGGUGCUGGUGGGAAUCACUGGAGCAGGUAAAAGCUCCUCUGGAAACACCAUCCUGGGCAGACAAGCCUUCAGAGUCCUCACAAGCCCUUCAUCUGUGACUAAAGAGUGCUCGAAAGAGACAGAGGAUGUGGCUGGACGAGAGAUCACUGUAGUAGAUACACCGGGCAUGUUUGACACCGAUAUUUCAGAGGAGGAGCUCCUGAUGCAGAAGAUCAGUAAGUGUAUAAACAUGACAGCACCUGGACCUCACGCCAUCAUCCUGGUCAUUAAAGUGGAUACGUUCACCGAGGAAGAGAAACACUCGGUGGAGAAGAUCAGAGCUAUAUUUGGAGAAGAAGCAGAUAAACACACCAUCGUCCUCUUCACUCACGGAGAUGAACUGACCAGCUCUAUUGAAGAGUUCAUGGAAGCCAACGAGGCUCUGCAGGAAAUCUUGAGUCGCUGUGGGGGAAGACAUCAUGUGUUCAACAAUAAAGACAUGGAGGAUCGUAAUCAGGUGGUGGAGUUCCUGCAGAAAGUAGAUGCUAUAGUCACCGCUAAUGGAGGAGAACAUUACACCAGUGACUCUUACCAGGACGUGGAGCUCAUGCUGAAAACUAAACCAGAGGAACUGAAGAAGGAGUAUGAGAAGAAACUACAAGACAUCCAGAGAGACCUGGAGGCCAGAUUUACUGAAGAGAUGAAGAAACUACAGGAGAGAAUAGAGACACUGACAGUGUCGGAGCAAGAGAAAGAAGAGAAGAUCAAAGAGCUGGAACAACUGAACAAGUGUAAAAUGAGAGAGUACAAGCGAUAUUAUCAAACCAAGCUCAGAGAGGCCAGACAGGAGGCAGAAAAGACCAGUAGUCAUCCAAAUAUAAUACACAAGAUCUUUCAGAAGAUUCGCAAAAUCAAAUCCUAAUCACAUUCUGUAUGAAGGGGAGGGGGAAGAUGUUUUAGGUUGGGGGUGCUGCUCGCGCAGGUGGGGCAGUUUUUUAGUGAUAUGCUAUUUACACUGUAAACUAAUAGCUCAGUUCUAUUUAUAUGUAGCUUGACGUUUGAGCUUGCGGGGGGGGUUUACUUAGCCAGUCGAUUUGGUCAGGCAAACUUUUAAGUACAUUUGAUAAUUUCUGUA